ACGACGACGAUGCCGCCGCCAGCCGCCACCGCACGACAUUAACGCACCGGCCGCCGAACCGUGCGCCCGUGACACGCGUUAGCUCCGAUUGAAAGUUUUCCGCGCCGUCCGCGAUAAACGCGUCCAGUUGUAGUGCGUGACCGUCGAUCUCCGUACUUUGCCAUCACCAGUGGUUCACGUAGAACACCUUACUCUAGUCUCCGUACUGCGAAUACAAUCUGUAUUAUUAAUUGUAAUCAUAAACCUACGACGAUCGUCUUGGCUACAAUCGGAGAGGAAAAAAAAAUUUUAUAAAAUAAGACAAAAAAUGACACUGAGCUGGAAGAUUGGACGCAGUAUUUUUUCAACAAUAUACAAUGCCACGUAACCAUGAAGCCCUUACCGUUCAUGAUCCAUGUACUGCUGAUACUGAUAUUCAUAACCGUAAAUAAUUAUGGCAAUUGUAGACCACAAACGGGACAGCCAAGUCAACCUCAAGCCGGAUCGCCUCUGGACUCAAACAUCGGCAACAACAAUUACAACAACAACAACAACAACAACAACAACAACAACAACAACAACAACAGUGCCAUAUCGCGACGUGGUUGGAGGGGCGAAUGGAGGCGAACUGACCCGGGGACAGUGUACAGUUACAUAUGGAAGAGCAGUGAUCAGCCACUCGGCAAAGCCGAGCUGUACAUAAUACUUGCCCUGUUGAUCGGCAUGGCCACCGUCAUAGUCGGCUGCUGGCUGUCGGACAAUUGUUGGUCACCCGAACCGGAACAACACUACACGAUAGCGUGGCACGACCGGCACCGAUGGAUAUGAGCUCGUCCGCGGCUGUCGUUCCGGACGGCGCAUAGUAAUAAUACAAUAAUAAUAAUAAUAAUGGAUAAAACAUUUCCAUUUACAUAUUUUUAACCUCGCGUUACUCUAUAAUACGCGUCGUGUAGAAUCGUCGACCGAAGACACUAUUAAAUCGUAAAUCAUCGUAGACCGAACGACAACAACAAUAAUAUAAUGAUAUAAAUAAUAAUGAUUAUCGGUCGGAAAUGAUGGGUAAUUAAUUAAUAAUAUGGAAAUUUGUGUUAUCGGAUCGUAACGGUUUCUAAUAGAGAUUUAUCGAUAUCCGCAAAAAAAAUAACUUGACUUUUGUUUUGUUCUAUAACAAAUUGUAUUUUCAGUCGAACCAA